ACAAACGAAACAGCUCACGUGAGUGCAUACCAUGCAUGCAGAGGAGGUAGCUACUAGCGCUAUAGCUAUAGAUCUACAGAGAAUGCAGCUAUUUUUUCUGCUAGUGCAAUUGUUUUUAGCGCGUACUCAUAGUGCAGAAAUAGCAGUUCAGCCGGUGUCUAUUAAUACAACGCUCAAUUCAACUGUUUAUAUCAUUUGUGAAGGCACUGGUGAUUUGUUGAACUUUCUUGUUGAUAGUUUACCAGCUAGUAGAGAUGAAAUAAGAGGAAGAGGAUUCAACGAUGAAGCUUUUGAAAUACAUGGUGGAGUAUUAAGAGGAAUUUUAACUGCUAAAGCAUAUUAUAUUAAUAAUAAUACUAAUAUUUCUUGUGUAAUUACUACAGUGUCACCACCAUCAUCAGUUGCUAGUGAUACUGUCUUUUUAACGAUACAAGGCCUAUUAAAUAGUAUCAGUAAUCUGGAUUAUACCUUUAUUAAUGGAUCCAGUGUAUUAUUAACAUGGACAGCUCCUUAUACACUGGAUAAUGUACUUAUUACUGGAUACUAUAUAGUCGAUGGAUUAGUGAACAUUACUAUUAACAAUACAAAUAUUACAAUAUCAGCUACUAAUCCUGAUCCUUGUAUAUUAAAUAAUGUAUCAGUCAGUAUGAUGUGUAAAGGAGAGUAUCCUAAUAGCAUAACAGUUAAUAUACUGAAUACUAGUAGCGCAGUAUUAAAGAAUACAACUAUACCAAUACAAGUUAAUCAUCAACUGAUGAUUGUAACUGGAAAUAGUUUUCUUGGACCAGUUACUAACAUUGACUCUUCAAUUGACAACUGUUCUACCAUUGAUAUAACAUGGACUACUCCUACAGUUGAUGAUAGAGUACCUAUACAGUAUUACAUACUAAGAUUGUAUGAUGCUAAUAAUGGUAGUUUAUUGGACUCUGUAUCA